UCUGUCUCCCUCUCCCUCUCCCUCCCUUCCUUUUGAGGACAUUUUUCUCUCUCUUCCCCUCUUUGAGGACAAUUUGGACUUUUAGUAGUUUUCCAGUGAGUUCAUAAACUACUCAAAAACAGAUUCCCCCACCUCUCUCUCUCUCUCUCUCCCCUGAGAAUGCUAGAUUUCAGCAGCAAACAUCUCUUACAUCCCCUCACUGUUUAAUUGGUGUCUCAGCAGUUCGCUCUCACCUGGCAGUAACACACACCAAAUGGGUGCUGUGACCUCUUCAAUGGCGGCCAAGUUCGCCUUUUUCCCUCCUAAUCCACCAUCUUAUAAGAUCAGCACUGAUGAGCUCAGUGGGCGCUCGGUCAUGACUGAUGCUCCUCACAGAGAGAACGUCGAUGUCCUCAAACUGCCCACAAGAAAAGGUCAUGAGAUUGUUGCUAUGUAUGUUCGCAACCCUAUGGCCAAUCUUACUUUGCUUUACUCUCAUGGAAACGCCGCUGAUUUGGGCCAGAUGUAUGAGCUCUUCGUCGAAUUGAGUGUCCACCUCAGAGUUAAUCUCAUGGGGUAUGACUAUUCUGGGUAUGGACAAUCGACUGGAAAGCCAAGUGAGCACAACACUUAUGCAGACAUUGAGGCAGCUUAUAAGUGUCUUGAAGAAACCUAUGGAGCAAAGGAGGAGGACAUAAUCCUUUAUGGUCAAUCUGUUGGAAGUGGCCCCACUUUGGACCUAGCGACUCGGCUACCUCGAUUGAGAGCUGUGGUUCUCCAUAGUCCUAUACUAUCGGGAUUGAGAGUCAUGUAUCCUGUGAAGCGCACAUACUGGUUUGACAUUUAUAAGAAUAUUGACAAGAUCCCUUUUGUUACUGCUCCCGUAUUGGUCAUUCAUGGGACCGCAGAUGAAGUUGUGGACUGCUCCCAUGGCAAGCAACUUUGGGAGCUAUGCAAAGAGAAGUAUGAGCCACUAUGGCUCAAAGGAGGCAACCACUGUGACUUAGAGCUUUACCCAGAGUAUAUAAGGCACUUAAGGAAAUUCAUAUCAACUGUUGAGAAAUCUUCUUGCCCUCGAAAUGGGUCGAGGAAGAGUACUGAUAGGCUGGAGCCAUCGAGGCGAAGCACCGAUUGCUUUGAGGCCUCGAGGAAGAGUACUGAUAGGAGAGAGAAGCCCAGGCCAAGCACUGAUAGACCAUCUGAGAAGCUCCGAAGUGGGAUUGAAAAGCCCGAGAAGAUGAGGCUUUCUAUGGAGCAUAUUGAGAAAUCUCGGCGGAGUGUGGACCGACAUGAUAGGACAAGGAGGAGCUUGGAACAAUUGGAGAGAGCAAGGAAGAGUGUGGACUUGUUGGAUAGACUACGAGUUGGUUAGCCAUUUAACUCUAAGAAUCUGGCAAUGUGCACUGUUUAUUUGGGGUGGGGAGAGAGAGAGAGAGA